AUGAGAAAAUCAUAUAAAAUAAUUCUUCUUGGAAACACAUCAGUUGGGAAAUCAUCAAUAAUCUAUAAGUAUGUUACAGAUGGAGUAGAAAGAUUAGAACCAACAAUAGGAAUAGAUUCAUUUACAUCAAAUGCUAAAAUACAAACAAAAGAAGGUGAAAAACAAGUAAAACUGCACAUAUGGGAUACAGCAGGACAAGAAAGAUAUAGAGCACUAGUAACAUUUUACUUAAGAAAUUCAUUCUUAGCAAUAAUUGUUUACAGUAUUAAUGAUCCAAAGUCUUUUGAGGAUCUCAAGUAUUGGGUAGAAAGUUAUAGAAACAUAAAUGGUAGUAAUAAUAACAUAAUCAUAGUUGCAAAUAAAAGAGAUUUAAGAUCAAACACUCUUGGAAACCAGGAAUACAUUAAUGAUGAAAGUGGACUUGAAUAUGCCAAGAGUAUCAAUGCUACAUUUUGUACAACAUCUGUUUAUGAAAAAGAUGAUAUAGAGAAGUUAUUUAAUGCAUUGAAAGAAUUAAUAAACAAAGAUAUUGAAAUGAACCCUAAAUUAGAGGAUGGAUCUAAUUCAAUGAUUAAUAUUAAUGCCAGUGAAAAACGUAGUUGUUGUUAA